CACAUUUCUGCAACCUGUGAGCCGUGGGCGUUUGACGUCUACGGUACCGCCGAGUACGGAGUCUGUCAAGCACUCGCCUUGCUGCGAUUCGUGCAUCAGAGCCUGGGAUUCUGAGGCUGCAAGCUGCUCCUGACGUGUCAAGGCGUGCACCUAACCACUGCAUCUAAAUUUAGAUUUCCUAAUUCCACGCAUCUAUUAAAAGAGCCCCACCGCAGUGGCGUCGUGCAUUCGCCAGAGACCAUGGCUUCGUCAAGACAAGAGGACGAUUUCUCCUGCCCCAUCUGUCUCCAACUGUUUGACAUCCCCGUGAGUCUUGCCUGCGGCCACAACUUUUGUAAGAUAUGUGUGGAGAGAGCCUGGGAUGUAGAGGCGGUGCACGUCCGCUUCACCUGCCCUCAGUGUCGCAGGCGCUACGCCCUGAAGCCAGAGCUCGGCAAGAACGUGUUCAUAGCCGACUUGGUGGAGAAGUUUAAGGCCGCGCUGAGAAGCAAAUGUAGAGAUCACACGGAGCCCAUGAGGUAUUACUGCCAGACACACGCGUGUCUGGUCUGCCCGACCUGCAUGCUGGUGGGAGGUCACAAAGGCUGCGAUGCCAUCACCGUGGAGGAGAAGCAAAACAAGGUGAAGGAGGCAAUUGCAGGAGAGAAUAGAAGAAUGGAAAAGGAGAAGACUACGGAAGAAAAGUCUGUCACUUCUCUGAAGAAUUCAUUCAAAUCUUUUCAGGACUUGACUGAAAAUGUCAGGGAUCGGAUCAAGGAGAGCUUCGCCCUUGAGAGGCGACUGCUGGAUGAGGAGGAGCAGGAGGCCCUGUGGGGAGUGCAGGAGAAGAGCCGCCAGGAGCUGUCGCGGAUCCAGAAAAAAAUUGAGGCGCACGUGAAGAAUAUAGAGACCCUCACCGAAGACAUUGGCAACCUGAAGAAAGUGAUGGCACUGCAGGAUUCCAUCGCCUUCUUAGAGGAUGAUCAGGUGACAUCGAGGCUCAUUAAGAUUCACAUUGAGGAACGUAAUGCGAGCUCGAGGCCCCCGGAGAGGAGACCUAUGUUGACUUGGUGGAAGAAUUUGUUUAAAAAACGCGUCGAUGACCCAAUCCCCUCUCUUCAGGCGAACGCAGGCAAAUAUCUGCUUCUCCGGCUCUCAAAGUCUUAUGGUUGUUCUCCAACUCUGAACGCAGCCUCGUCUCAUCCACACCUCCAAAUUUCCGAAGAUCGCAGAACAGUGAAACAAAUCCGUUCUUCCCAAACUUCCCCAAACGAGUCACGGUCACAAGUCCUGGGCUAUGAGAGCUUCUCAUCGGGGCGACGCUACUGGGAGGUGGAUGUGAGCAAUUGUAGAAAGUGUUGUGUGGGGGUCGCAUUUAAAACAAUGCCACAUAACGGAGUUGGUAAGGAAUGUUGGUUGGGACAGAACUCCAUGUCCUGGUGUUUAGAAAAAGAUGGCAGCACAAUCAAAGUUCUGCACGGGGGAGUGGAAUUCUUUAAAAGAGAAAAGAGUUGGGGUUUUAACAAAGUCGCCAUUUUUCUGGAUUGGGAGGCGAGGCUCCUGUCAUUUUACCGCCAUGGCACCACGGAGCUCUUGCACUCAUUUCACCACCACUUUACCCAACCUCUUGUGCCAGCUGUUGGGUUGUGGUGCUCGGAGUCUGAUAAUAAUUAUCUGUCAAUCGUUGAGCUCAAGUGAUAGCUCAUCUCAUACUCUGCUCCGUGCCAUCGCGAUCGUCACACACAACAGGAAUCUCAUUCCCGCAUACAUCAUACGACGAUGGCACGGGAUCACGCGGAGUCAUACGCGCACAUCAUCACACACACAGAACAUCAUUCACAUCUCUUUAGAUCAGGGGUCAGCAACCUGUGACUCCAGAGCCGAAUGCUUCGUGACGUUAUUCAUUAAGGGCCACCAUCUCGUAAUCACCACGCAGAUUGCGAGCUCUUGAAAUACCGAAUUAAAACAAAAAUGGCACUUCUCGUUAUUUUGGUUGCCAGCCUCCCUGCUCUCGAUGAACAUUCUUAAGAGAAAAAAUGAAGAUAAUAGGGGGUUCCCCUUUCUGGCAAUAAAACAGGUGUUAAGACGUUAAAACACCAAACUGAAACCUUUGCAAGGAAUCAUGUCGGCAUUAACCACAUAUACUUGUGGUGAACAUGCAAACAAAAAAACAUGCUCUGAUAGUAUCAUGCAUUGUCUUUGAAACGGAUUGGUCCACACCAGAGACAGCUUUCUUUAGAGCCUAGUCUCAAACUGUGUUUGACCAGAGGACGCCAAAGGUGUUUUCCCAUUGACUCCGACAGUGAAAGCUGGGUUACGUUUCAGCCCCAAAAGUUUAUACUUUUUAACAACUUUUUUUGAAAGUGAGAAAUUAAAUGGUUUAUUUAAAAAUAAGGUGAUGAAACGUGAAACGUAACGCCUCACACAAAGAACCACAGUGCUUGCAGGUGCCUGCCCUCAGAGUCUGCAAUUAGCGCCACCACCAACCCCUAAAUAACGAGGGUGACCACACACACACAACGUUAAACAAUAUGCCCUGCAAUUCAAUGUAUGUUUCACGAGUAACAUUGCAAACAGAAAUAUGAAUUGGACAAUGUUACUGACAUUACCACUGACAUUUAAGGUGAACAUAAUAAUGUAGGGCUCGGGACACCAACGUCGGAUUUGAGGACCUUUAUUAGAGCACACCGACUCACAAGCCUCCAGCCGCCAUUCCUCCCAGCAAGUCUCUCUUCCCCUUCUCGACGCUCUCCUUUUAUACCUCUCCCUCUCGUGCCCCCUCUACCUCCACCAAUCCCAUCUCUCUGCCACACAACCAACUCCGCACUGUCUCCUCCCCCUAUUCCACUUUCCCGCUAUUUUUUCUUUUGAACCAAGCUGACCAAUCUCUCUGGGGCCUCCCCAGGUUGGGUUGGGCCCGCCCCACCCCUGCCCCCAUCCUCUAAUGUUGAUAGACUCAUCCCUCUCUCCCUGAUCCUGAUGUGUAAUCAUGUCCAAGGAUAAUAUCCUUAGAAUGAAAAUUACAAAAAAACGUUGAUAAUAUCAGUAAAAAAUAUUUAUAGGAAUUUAGGCAGACACCGCUUAGCGCUCAAGAAACGUUGUUCCUAGAGAAGUGAGCAACGCUAAUCGAAUUGGCGCUUCAAGGGGUCAUGAUAUCAUUGUAGAUAUGGGGAUGCGUUCCCUACAGAGUAAUGUUUUCGUUUUAGCAACAUAAGAGGGCUUCGUUGGUAUAUUGGUAAUCGCGCUAAUAAUACUAUAUGGUAAACAUGAUUUCUUAAAAAAAAUAACGUAUGAUAACAUGAGUAAAUAUUAUGUAUUGUGCUCACGAGUGCAUUCUACUGUACCCGUAGAAGGCCGUGGAGGGAGACGAGUUUGGAGGAGCUCCAGGACCUCCGUGGUCUUAGGGAUGCCCUCAGUCUAAAUGUCUGUGGUGAGCUUCCUUUGAGAUGGGGAGCCUGGGACUCUAUCCUGGUCUCGUGAAUUCUCUCCCGGCUAAAAGCACUGUAAUGUUAAAGGGAUAAGAAAUGGGGAAAACUAUAUACUUUGUAAAAAAUUGAUCGUGACCCCGAAUCGUGACAAUUGAAUCGCUGCGAGUGGGGUCUGGUUGGCUCCGAGCCAUGCGUCGCUCUCAUUGGCUCUCAGCUGACCAAUGGGACGGCCAGUUGGUAACAAUUUGAACCUCACGGUUGCCCAGGUUGUACUGUACGCAUCGGCGUUAUCAAUGUAAUGAAUUACGAGUAGUUACUAAUACAUUAACGAUGAAUUAAAGUGUAUUAUUAAUUAAAGUUAAUUAAUACUUAUUAAUUCCUAAGGUGGACCGUUAGGUGGAGCGGGGUACACGCCACACAUAAUCACACGACGAUCUAACCCCAAAAGUCAAUUAUGAAUCAAGAUAAGAAUGAUAUCUAUAAUCCAUACAUAGUCUAGAGGUGGGGUUCGUAUGUAUGAUGUAGUUAAUAAGUGCUUAGAAGCUCCGACGAGGUGUAUUGAACAAGAGGAAGGUAAAACCGUUUUUGUUAACAGUUUCCGUUGGGUGUUCACAACUCUUGGCGAGGAACAGCUCCAGCGUAGCUGCACACACUUCGUCUUCGUCCCAGGCAAGCGCGCUUCCUGUCGGCGACGCUCCUCAUUCAUAGCUGCUACCCCGCCAUUAAUUAGCCACCACGUGCCUGUCUCUAGUUGCAGUGCCUUCCCAUCAAUCAUCCUGUAACCACGUGUCUUAUAUCUCGUUAACCACGUGUCUUGUGUCUCGUUAACCACUUGUCUUGUCUCGUUAACCACGUGUCUUGUCUCGCUAACCACGUGUCUUGUCUCGUUAACCACGUGUCUUAUGUCUCGUUAACCACGUGUCUUGUCUCUCGUUAACCACGUGCCCUUUUCUGCUACAGUGCCCUAUCAUUCAUCAUCUCUCCACCACCUGUUCUAUUUCUAAUUCCUCUCAGCAUCUGUGUUUUUUCUAUUUUAUAAAUCUUUGGUUGCUCCAUAUAACGUUUAUUCUCUAUUUAGUUCCCUACAUAAGUAACGAUGUAAAGUCGAGUGAUCUUAUUGAUAUAACCUGUUAAUAAACGCGUGUAGGGUUAGGCCACUAGCGAACUGACCCUAUUAUAAAUCAAGAUAAUAAUGAUAAAUAAAAUCCAUACAUAGUCCAAGGUUGGAUGGGUAAAUAUGUCCUAUAGUUUAUAAGUGACGAUUUAUAGUCGAGUGAUGUUAUUGAUAUAAUCUGAUGUUACGAAAAACGUGUGCAAGAAUCGGGCAGUCGCGGUCUGACUCCAAAAUUGUAUUAUGAAUCAAGAUAAUGAUAACUACAGGGUGUUUAAAAAGAUAGACCCCAUUUCAAAGCAGUAUAUUUCACGAUGGCAACAUGUUACAAUUACACUAAAAGUUACAAACGGUUUAAUGAGUUAUCAAGUUUUACUAACCAUUUUAAAAAUGCUCUAUGUGCCCUCCACCUGCUGUACGGACAACAUCGGGACGAGAGUUGAAUUCAUCCCAAAUGCCUCUCAAAGCGUCUUCUUCCACUGAAGUCACCGCUGCCUUGAUUCUGUUUUUGAGGUCAUCCAGAUUCGUCGCUAAUGGUGGCACACACGGUAUUCGACGUUUCCCCACAAUUAAAAGUCGCAGGGUGUGAUGUCUGGGGAUCUUGGGGGCCAAGAGUGUAGCGCCAAUUCUUGGGGUCCCAACGUUGAGGCAGUGAGUCUUGCGAAUGACCGAGGCUCGGGGCUGUUUGUGCGCUGGGAGAGGCAUCGAGCAGUAGUCAUUUGAAACUCUUAUGUCCCGCCCGUUCAAGUGGUAAGGGUUUCAUUCAUGGGCGGUUCGUGGUUGGAGAGAUAUAGCGAUUUCAAAUCGGGUCCAUCUUUUUAAACACCCUGUAUAAUCCACACAUAGCUUACGGUUGUGUGCAUAUAUACUGUGGUUUAUAAGUAAUGAUUUCAAGUCGAGUGAUGUGAUUGAUAUAAUAUGAACAUGUGCAGGGAUAGGGCACUCGUGGUCUGACUCCAAAAUAAAAUGAUGCAUCAAGAUAAUGAUAACUAUAAUUCACACAUAGACUAAGGUUGGGUGCGUAUAUACUGUAAUUUAUAAGUAACGAUUUGAAGUCGUCAUGUUAUUGAUAUAAUCUGAUGCUACUAAACGCGUGUCGGGAUAGGCCCGGCUGUGGUCAAUGCGUGGAUCUCAGGACAAAUCAGAACGCCUUUCUGACAUCGGCGAUUCUCGUCACAUCCGAUGGAAGAUGUUAACUACGUCGCCUGGUAUACAGGAGCGCGUGGGUUCGAUCCCAACCCUGACGCCUGCUGUGUAUUUGGAGUUUGCGUGUCUCUCUCCCCGUCGUCGCGUGAAUUUUUCUCCGAGUCCUCUGGGUUUUUCCUCCACAUUUAGAAUCGACAUCACGUGUUUAGAGUAUUUGGCUGGUUUAAAUCUCCACGUGAUAAGCCACUUCGUUGAGCUAUCAUUUGUGGCCAGGUCGCUUCUGAAAAAGAGCUACAUAGCUCAGUGUGAUUUACCUGGUAAUAAAAAUAGUGUAAAGUUUUAAAAGUAGUUUAAAUAGUUGACAUAAAAAUCCCAUACUUAAGAUUUGUUCAUUGAAACCAUAGUAGCUUCUACCACUAGAUGGCGAUAUUGAUUGGUGUGUCUUGAGCAGCGUUCUUCAUUGCAAGGCCCCCGUGGUCUACUCGCGGCCCCUGGUCGCCUCGAGUGUAGCCCUUAACAAGACACAGAGUGAGAACACCGCACCAUCGUGCUGCUGUCAAACCCAACACAAUGGUUUCAAAUGGUGUGACGGCCCUCACACUACCGACGAUGUCUUAUCGGGGAAAGUGGCAAUGCUGGUCUAGAGGAUAUUGCAGGGUUAGAUCCACCCGAGUUAAUUGUCGAUGAGAGCGGAUCGCUGAUUCCUCCGUUGAGAUCCACCGCAGAAUUGAUUCUCCCAGUUGCUGGGAAUGUUGACCACUGCAGGCUUAUGCCACGGAUAUGUAUCAAUGUGUCCAUGGGUAUGUAUCAAUGUGUCCAUGGGUAUGUAUCAGUGUGACCAUGGGUAUGUAUCAAUGUGACCAUGGGUAUGUAUCAAUGUGACCAUGGGUGUUUAUCAAUGUGUCCAUGGGUAUGUAUCAAUGUGUCCAUGGGUAUGUAUCAAUGUGUCCAUGGGUCUGUAUCAAUGUGUCCAUGGGUAUGUAUCAAUGUGAUCAUGGGUACGUAUCAAUGCAACCAUGGGUAUGUAUCAAUGUGUCCGUGGGUUUGUAUCCGUGUGGCCAUGGGCGUUUAUCAAUGUGGCCAUGGGUAUGUAUCAGUGUGACCAUGGGUAUGUAUCAGUGUGACCAUGGGUAUGUAUCAGUGUGACCAUGGGUAUGUAUCAAUGCACUGUAAAAAAUGUGACACAUUGUUACUUAAAAAAAUUAUGGCAACAAAGUGACACGUGAUAUAAUUGAGUAGAUUUUAAGCACUACAACUUUGAAUAAAAAGUGUUGAAUAAAUUAACAAAAAAAUAAUAAUAAAAAAUAAGUAAAUGGUAAUAAAGCAACAGUUAAAAUGUGUUGGAUUUAGUGAUAGGAUUCCAAAUGAUGAGUUAUAUAGCCUAAAAAAAAUUGUGUAAAUCCAAAUAGAUUUUACAAGGAAAAGUGAUUUAUAUUUACUUAAUAUCUGAGCAAUGGUAAUUUAGAUUUACUAAAUAUCUGGUGGAAUCUGAUUAAUAUUUAUUAAUGAUCUGGGUGAAACUGAUUUACAUUUACUAAUUGUCUGGGUGAAAUUGAUAUAAGCUUACUAAAUAUCUGGAUCAAAAUGAUUUGGAUUUACUAAAUACAAUACUUAUAUUGAAUGUCUGUUGCCAUAACUUUUCUAUUUCUAAUCCACCCAAUAUCAUGCCUUCGUGGUGCCACAAUUCACUUACGUUAAGUCAACCGAAUCACCAUGAAAAAGAUAAGAACCAUGAAAAGGAACAGCAGGUUAACAUUUAUUCGUGCAAUUUAGUCUCAACAUGUUUAUCCAACAUAUUACAAGUACAAAACAAAGACAGAAAUCAUGUAUGUGUACGAUAGGGAUACAAUACUGGAGGUAUUUAUAAUUUGUGGGCAUUACAGGCACAGAUUACUUUUUUGGAUGUGAUUCAAGGUUUAGUCUUGUUAGCACAUUUAAAUUACGACAAUGUUUUAAAAAAAAUCUGUAAAAAUACUUUCAUAUUAUUUCUUUUGUAUAUGCGCAAAUAGAAAUCCUAAGGGCCAAUAUGUUUUUCAAACAGCUAAAAGAGAUUAAAACAUCACGUGAAUUGACAUGCAUUCCCUGUACUUAUACUAGUAGCCAUAAUCCACAAUCCAGGUAGACCUAUCUUUUUUAACAUGCAUAAUUACAAGCAUGGAUUCCUAACAAGUAAACUAGCACAGCCUACAGAUGUUCUAUGCAUCUUACAUCUAUUCCUUUCGAACAAACACUUGCAAUGGCCUAGGUCAGCGUCACAUCAGAAGAAAGCACAAUGUUAGAACACCCAAAAAACAUUAAACAAAAAUAAAGAUAGCUUUCAGUAACAAAUCAGUGCAUUCUCUGAUAGCCUAUCAGAUGUAUAGGCCUAUAACGCAGAACUUUGACAGUCAGACUCAGUUAUUAACUCGUUAAGCUCAGUCAAACUGAAGUACUUCUUCUUGGUGAAAAUCUGAAAACACAAUGCUAGUUCCCUUGCCUUCCAAAAGGUCAUGUAGUACAUCUGGUGGGUACCCAGACUCAAAAUGAAAGUGAUUUAAUUUAUCAGUCAAUGGACACGACCGCUUUACGCCAAAGCAAUGAGUAACAUUUUGAUUUUCUCUCAGUUUGCACAUGCAAACUAUGUUCCUUCUUUGUCCGAGGUGGAAACACUCCGGUCCGCACUUUGUGUGUCUGGUACUCUGAAGAAUGUCCAAGACAAAAUCUACAGAUCUACGGCCCCGUGAAACUUUCAACUAGUCCACUGAUAGAAUGUGCACCGAGAUUGUCAGCUACAACACAAUGUACUGUCCCUUUAAUGUUUUUUCCAACACUGGAAAUGAAAAUCCCUUCCUGUUCUAGAAUGACAAGAUCAUUCAAGAGUGGUUCCAAAACUGCUCUGUAUUCAAACUGUUUGAUAUCAACAGCUUUGCAAAGUAAAGCUAGGUGUAUUGACGUUAAUGCAGAUUGCAACUUUGUUGGAACAUUUGCCAAAACCCAAUAAACAGCUGUUAUUUUGUGUUUUUUUCUCAAAGUUCCUAGUGGGUUACAAACCUCAAAGUCGUCAACGUAAAAUGAUUAUAGACAGUCUUGUUUCUUCCCCAUCAUAAAAUACAUUUUGCUUGAAGGAUUUUCCAUCAAAAAUUGACUUAAUAUAUCCAGUACUAUUUGAUUUUCUGGAUAAAAUUAUUUCUGCAAUGUCUUUAUUCUUCAAGACUUCCUGCAAAGUCUAGAGAAUAGGCACAUAUUGAAAGGUCUUGUUCUUUUGAGUAUCAAUAAUAUAUUCAAUGCUAUCAACACACUGGAAAUGCACCUUAAAAUACUUUCUUCUCUUAAAAGCCGAACCAAGUGGACCACCUGCUCCAAGUGCUGUACUAAUGGGAUGGAAGUUGCACAACUGCUCUGACAAUUCAGUUACGAUGGCCUGGUCAACAAUGCAUUUAUUCACCUUCAAUGUUGAAUCUAGUAUGUUUCUAACAACUGCAACUGAUACUGAAGAUGAAAUGAACUGAAGGUCUUCAACCAAGGCAUCAAUGCACUUCACUGAUGCAUUAUAGAUGGUUUCUAGCUUCAGCAGAAGUAAGCCAAUUCUUUGAAGAACUGAGUAUGAUGCACUUUCCUGAUCACAAUCUAAACUAGUGCCCUCACCAUCACUGGCCUCUGGUAAAUCUGAAUGGUCAACAGUCUGAUCAUGACGACUCUCAUACACGUCUUUCUUAAAAUCACUCAAAGAAUAGGAUUUGUGUCUUCUGCUUUUGUGUUUUAGAAAUGUAUUGUAUAUAUUUGUCUGAAAGUUGCAUCCUUCAAAUACACAAAAGACAGUUUCGUUGCUCUUCAGAUGAUUUCCAAUAUGCUGAAAGUAGUCCUUCUCUAUAGAACAACAAGCAUUGCAAACUAAACACUUAAAAGCAGAGAUGUUUCCUGACCGUAGACUUUCUUCAUCUGAAUGGUAUCUGGACAAAUGUGUGCGAAGGGCACUCUGCAUUUUAAAUGUGCAAGGGCAACUGUCAUAUAGGCAUGGCUGAGAUUGCCCACGACCAAAUGUUGCGUGUUGUAGUCUGUAAUGCUUUAGUAGAUUUCCCUUUGUGGCAGACAAAGACUUGCAGAUCUUACACUUCCAUUCCAUAAGCAAAAACCUGAGGCAGAAAAAGGUCCAUGUAUCAGAUGCAAGGCCACCAGGUCUCUAAUCACAUGAGGACAAUAGGAGCACAUUUACAAGAUAAUUUCUUAUUAUUUUUAAUAUUCAAAUUUUCAUGCUCACAUUUAGCACAUCAACUUCUUGUCACUCACAUCAUCUAGCUAGCAACUACAUAACAAGCUAGCCACAACGUAAGGGUGACGCUAACUGACUGGUGGCAAGCUAGCUAACGUUAGCAUACUGUACGUACAUCAACACCAAGAUAUAAUAUACUGGAGGUGUAACGGCAGGUACAGGACUUUUGGUUCGGUACACGCUGUGAUCCGAAUGAAUAUAGUCUAGUUUUAAUCACGCACGUUACUUUUUCGUGUGCGGAACAAAAAUUAUAGUCUCGUGCUUUUAGUCGAAUCAGACUGACUUCCAAAGGCCUAACGUAGUGCUAGUUAAUUCUGAUAUACGUUACAGCCAGUUAAAUUGGCAUGCUGGUAAUAUGCAGUAACAUAAAACCAUGUUCAACUGCUAUCACACCUUUGUUAAAAAAAUGUUCGCUAAAAUAAUAAAACAUGUCUUACCUUUGGGAGAACGGCGGUCCCUGAAACGUGUCUGUUGAAGAAGAUGGUUGACAUGCACGUGGCGCGAAAAAAUGCCUCGAGUUUGGGCGGGAGUGUAACAUUAUUAAAUUCAAAAACCUCCCGGUUAGUAAAAUUAAUCAAUUUUUGGCAUUUUUGACUUUCCUGAUAAAAUACAAUUAAAUUCUACUCAGUUAUUGAUGGCUGAUUUUAUUUGAACAAAACUGAGUAAAAUACAAUUAAUAACUAAUAGAAAGGUGUUGAAUUCAGCUCAAUGUGAUUCUAAACUACACAUAGUCAUUAUUUUUAUGUAUAGGCUACUCCUAUAUAUUUACUAAACAUUAAUUAACCCCAGUCUCGGUUUUUACAGUGUGUGACCAUGGGUAUGUAUCAGCGUGGCCAUGAGUAUGUAUCAAUGUGGCCAUGGGGGGGGGGGUGUUU